AUGCUUUACCGUUUGUUCCUGCACGACGAUAACAGGUUUGGUGAAGGUGAUAUGAGUACAAGGAGCCUUAAGGCUUAUGUGAACACAAAAGAUGAAUUGGGUUUAGCUGCAGGACGAUUGAGGGGCUCAGGGUUUUCUAAGACUGAUGAUACUGUUUCUGUUUUUACGUCGGAGGAGGAAGUUGCAGAUUCCUAUCUAAGAACGGCUGGUUUGUUUUUAAGAUCAAAGGGUAAGAUUGAUAUGUCAUCAAGUUAUGAUAUAGUAAACAAAGAAUAUAUCGAACAUUCAUUGGUAGCCAGGGGAGACCUCUGGAGAGUAGAAGCUUCGAGUUCAAGUACUCCUGCAAGCGAUGGAACUUAGUCUCUCUUUCUUCUCCAGCUUGGACCGCUUCUUUUUCUACGCGAUUUGACUCUUCUUUUACCGUUACACUUAUCAAAACAACAUCUGGUAUGGUAUGGAUAUGAUAGGAAGUUAAUUUUCGUUGCAGAAAAUAUGCAUUCACUUUGUCCAGCUUUAUGGUAAAAGCAUCGCAGGUGGCUUAUGAUGUUAAUGCUCUGUCUCAAUCCGUUAUCUUGUGUAAGACGCAUUUCCAUUAGAAGUUCUAUUUAUGUUCUUACUUUUUGCGGAACUGAUUCCCUGAAGUUGUCUUGUCCGUGCUUCGGACAGUCCUUUGGAUUUUCAGUUACCAUGGUACAUUAGCCUGACAAAUCAUUUGAAUUGGAUAUCUUGGCUUGGCGUAGAUCCGGAUAACUGAUGAAACCAACAAUUCAACUCAGUGUAUGUCCCACAUUUGGUGGAAGCAAUCCCGGGAUGAAAGCAGAAGUUAUUCAUACGCUAAGCAAUGAUUUGAAUCUGAUAUAUGGCUACGCGCUCAACACACAUAGUUUCUCAAUCGAAAACUGCAGUUUUGGUCGGUCGAAAUGGAAUGAUACUCCUCUUGCAAGUAUUGGCCCGCCUUCUUUCUCUGUCCAGCUCAAUAACGCUUUCGAGUUCUGAAUCUUUCUGAUUUACACAAACGUACGGCACAGUUUACUACACAUGUGUGAACAGACUAGUUUGCCCCUCGGUAACUUUUGUAUAGUUAAAUCAUUA